CUCACGCCCAGACCAUUCUCAGUGCAGCAUUCCAACCUGCUAGAGCUGCUCAACAUACCUCUCAACCAGGAGCAACAAUGGAUAAGACGGUGCUGAUUGUUUAUGCACACCAGAGUCCAAAGUCUUUUAACUGUGCGGUGAAGGAUGUGGCUGUGAAGGCUCUCACUGAUCAGGGCUGUAAGGUCAUCGUGUCGGAUCUCUAUGCCAUGAAGUUCCGAGCUGUAGCAACAGCGGAUGAUGUCAAAGGUAAGCCAGAGAACCCUGAACACUUCCUCUAUAAUAAGGAGACUGGGCUCGCAUGGAAGGAAGGCAGACUGAGUGACGACAUCAAAGAAGAGCACCGUAAAGUGGAGCAGGCUGACCUCAUCAUCUUCCAGUUUCCACUUUACUGGUUCAAUGUCCCUGCUAUAAUGAAAGGCUGGAUGGACCGAGUACUGACUCAGGGGUUUGCCUACUCGCUACAGAACAUCUACGACAACGGCAUGUUCAAGAAUAAAAAGGCCAUGUUGUCGUUCACAACUGGAGGAAUGGAGUCCAUGUACCUGCCAGAUGGCCUCAAUGGAGACAUCAACGUUUCACUGUGGCCCUUACAGAACGGAGUUCUGCGCUUCUGUGGUUUUCAGGUUCUGCCCCCUCAGAUCUUCUGGAGUCCUGCACAUGCUCCUCCCGAAGCGAGAGCAGCAUUGUUGGAGGCCUGGAAGACCAGGCUGCAAGGACUGCUGGGUGAGAAGCCUCUAUCCUUCGCUCACACUGAGCUCUUUGACCUCAGCUUCCAGGCAGGGUUCAGACUCCGCCCAGAGGUGAAGAAGGAGCGUGCCUCUAAACCAUAUGGCCUGACCACAGCACACCACCUAGGAAAACCACUACCUCCAAACAACCAGACCAAGGCUGAAUAAGAAGGCAUCUGAGCCGUCUGAUUAAACAAACCCCUGAAGAUACAGGAGUUUGUAACUAAAUCAUAAAUCUGCAGAUUUGAAAGGAGCACACAAUUAACUAAGUGUAAAGAUUUGCAUUUUGAAUUUUAUUUGCAGCUGAUCUCAAUUUAAACUUAUUUGUCUAAUGUAAAUAUAUCUGCACAAUAUCUAAAAAGAGAAGGGACUACACAUACACUACUGUAAUGUAGUACUUUAAUCUGUAGAUGUACUGUAUAUUUUGCAUUGGUUUAACCUUUUAUACAUGACCUGGAUGUCUUGUCCUCUUGUGCAACAUACGGUAUGAUAAAGUUCUACUUCAAAUAUCAUAAAUUUUUUUGGGGAGAAGUUUCUUUGCUUCAGUCUCAAAUUUGUGACACAAAUACCUCCCACACUCUCAUCUACUGCAAGCUUUAAUUGUCACUUAAAUAGAUAACAUUAAAAAAAACAACACUCAUUAAGGCUUGUAAAGCUCUUGGUAACAAUGACUGUUUCAUAUAUAAAUAAAGUGAUCAAUAUAUUUA